AUGCUGCUCUUUAAGUUUGUGCUACUGUCGGUGAUAAUUUUAGCUCGCUUAGCGAGGAGUUCCGAUGAAGCAUCCAACGGAAGUCUUUCUAAUGCAUCCGGGUUUGGAUAUGAACUAACCCUGACCGGUUUGGAUGCAAUCAAUUUUAGCAUACAACAAAACAAUCUUCGUACGCAAGAACAGUUUCAAGUACUCAGCUCAGACGUUGAAAUGCUACGAAGAACCAUGGAUAAUGUUGGCGGUACAAUCAUCAAGCAUAUGCAGCAGAUCAACAGAUUCGGAGGAGAUGCUCUUCCAAACAUUCGAAACGAAUUGGAAUUGUUAUCGCUUAAUGUGAGCCAAGUAUUGCUUGAUACCAGUCAAAUUUAUCGUGUUCAGCAAACAAUGCCAACAACGAAAAUGCUGAACGAUAUUAUCCUACAAUUGCUUGCCGAUGGGCAUCGAAAAUGCGCGGAACCAACUCAUCUGCCACAGACGUGUGCUGAAGUGGCGCCGAACCGUGGAUCGGGACGGUACCGUGUUCAGCCGCAAUCGGGCUUCAAGAAUGCAUUCGAAGUUUACUGCAAUCAGGAAUAUGAAGGCGGUGGCUGGACGGUGAUUCAAAACCGUUAUGAUGGCUCCACUUACUUCUACCGAGGUUGGGAUCAGUACGAAACCGGUUUCGGAGACUUUCGCGGAGAGUUCUGGCUGGGUUUGAAAAAGAUCCAUGAACUGACGUACGCCAAGCCGCACGAACUGCACGUCGUAAUGGAAGACUUCGAUGGGAGUGUUGCCGUGGCAAAGUACAGCCGAUUUCUGGUGGGAGGACCAGAGGAAAAGUAUGCUUUGAAUAGUUUGGGAAACUACAGUGGAAAUGCAGGGGACUCGUUAGCUCCCUCGCUGGGUAUGAAAUUUACGACAUUGGAUGCCGAUAAUGAUAGCCAUCCGCCGGAUAACUGUGCCGUAAUGUAUAAGGGAGCAUGGUGGUAUGCUGCAUGCCACGCAAGCAAUUUGAAUGGACUCUAUCUCAAAGGACCACAGGAAGCUUUUGCCACUAUGAUGUGCUGGAAAUCAUUCAGAGGUUAUAACUAUGGACUAAAACGUUCACGAAUGAUGAUUAGAGUCUCAAAUAACGUUUGA